AUGCUUGGUGACGAGAAAAACAACGUCGACUAUGUCGAGAAGGGAUAUGAUUCCACCGCAAUCAGAGAUCAAGACAUACAUCCUGAACAAGAUUGGACUCAAGAAGAAGAGCAUGCAAUCGUAAAGAAAGCCGACUGGAGAGUGUUUCCGAUGCUGUGUAUUGUAUUUGGACUCUCGCUCCUGGACAGAACAAACAUCUCUUCUGCGUACAUUGCAGGUCUGGCACAGGAUUUACGUCUUACUGGCCAGAGGUACAAUAUUGCGUUGUUGGUAUUCUUCGUUGGCUACUGCAUCUUUGAGCUUCCCUCCAAUUAUGUCAUCCGUCGACUAGGUGCCCGGAUGUGGCUGUCGUUCCUCAUCACUGCGUGGGGUUGCUGCGUUUUGGGCAUGGGUUUUGUCCACAGCUGGGAGAUCCUCACUGUUCUACGCGCUUUUCUGGGUGUUUUCGAGGCUGGCCUAUUCCCCGGUGCCGUGUACAUCAUCGGCUCGUGGUAUCGACAAUUCGAGACCGCGAAGCGAGUGUCUAUCUUCUACAUGGCGGCGUUGCUGGCAUCAGGAUUUGGACCGAUUUUUGCAUACGCGCUGUCACUCAUCAGUGUGGGUGAAGGGAUGUAUAGCCAAGGCUGGCGCUGGAUCUUCAUAAUCGAAGGCACUGCGACCAUAGUGGCAGGAUUGAUCGCUCCGUUCUUCCUUGUCGAAUUCCCUGAGAAGGUCAGCUUUCUGACAGAUCGUCAGAAGCACAUAGCUAUUACACGGGUAUCGAUGGAGAAGUCGGGCAAGCAGAUUGAACACGCCACAGUCAAAGAGACGCUCAUCAUGAUGCGCGACUGGAAGCUGCUCAUAUACUGCAUCCAGUACUUUGUAGCUGCAUCGAGUGUAUACUCGCUAGCUUUCUUUCAGCCAAUCAUUCUACGGCAAGGAAUGGGCUUCAGCUAUGCCAAGGCGCAGUUGCUUUCAUCGCCACCAUACAUGUUUACGGUUUUUGCAUCGCUGUUCACGGCCUGGCUCUCGGACAAGAUCCGCCUGCGAUGGCCGAUACUCGUCGGUCAGUCGGCCAUCGCCAUCGUCGGUCUCCUUCUGGUACUCUAUCCAAAGCCUCCAGCAGUGCGCUAUUUCGGCCUCUUCCUGGCGACAUGGGGAACGCAAGGCAACAUCCCAGCAUCUCUGGCGUACGGCAACAAUCAGACUGCACGGGUCCAAAAGCGCGCUGUCGUUGCCGCUGUCAUGAUUUCGGUAGGCGCAGCUGGUGGUGUGACAGGCAGUACCAUCUUUCAAGCAAAAGACGCGCCGCGAUACCUUCCUGGCAUGUGGGCGACAAUCUCUAUGCAGAUCCUGUAUUCCAUUGUCACUUUCUGUAUGUCGAUGUAUUUCAAGCGCCAGAAUAAGCUUGCAGAUGAGACGGGAAAGACUUUGGAGGGGGUCGAGGGAUUUCGCUACGCACCUUGA